GCAGAUCAAGUCGAUGAUGCUGGUGUGAGGCCCCGGUGGGGGGCUCGGUGGAUCCUGAGAAGCCAGGUAGUCCAGUGUGGGGUUCCCCUGGCCCCCUGCCGACUUCUGGGCCCUUGGGGGCUGGGGGCCAAAGGAGUGGAGGGAGCAGGCUCCAGGGAGGCCGCCCUGGGCUCCAGCAGGCUCCGUGGAUGGCGUGGCAAGUGAGCGUGCCCGAGCUGGAGGACCGCCUGCAGUGCCCCAUCUGUCUGGAGGUCUUCAAGGAGCCCCUGAUGCUGCAGUGCGGCCACUCCUACUGCAAGGGCUGCCUGCUGUCCCUGUCCCGUCACCCGGGCUCGGAGCUGCGCUGCCCCGUGUGCCGGCAGGAGGUGGACUGCAGCAGCUCCCCACCUAACGUCUCCCUGGCGAAGGUGAUCGAAGCCCUGCAGCUUCCCGGGGACCCUGAGCCCCAGGUCUGUGCGCACCACCGGAACCCUCUCAGCCUCUUCUGUGAGAAGGACCAGGAGCUCAUCUGCGGCCUCUGCGGCCUGCUGGGCUCCCACCAGCACCACCGGGUCACACCUGUCUCUACCGUCUACAGCCGCAUGAAGGAGGAGCUAGCAGCCCUCAUCUCUGAGCUGAAGCAGGAGCAGAGGAUGGUGGAGGAGCAAAUUGCCAGACUGGUGAACAACAGGACCCGGAUUGUCAAUGAGUCUGAUGUCUUCAGCUGGGUGAUCCGCAGUGAGUUCCAGGAGCUGCACCAUCUGGUGGACGAGGAGAAGGCCCGCUGCCUGGAGGGGGUGGAGGGUCACACCCGUGGCCUCGUGGCCUCCCUGGACAUGCAGCUGGAGCAGGCCCGGGGCACUCGGGAGCGGCUAGUGCAGGCUGUGGGUGUGUUGGAGCAGUUCGGCAACGAGAGUCACCAUGAGUUCAUCCGGAAGUACCAUGCCAUGGCCUCCAGUGCAGAGCUCCAGCAGGCCCGGCCCCUGGAAGGCGCGUUCAGCCCCAUCUCCUUCAAGCCAGGCCUGCACCAGGCUGACAUCAAGCUGACUGUGUGGAAAAGGCUCUUCCGAAAGGUUCUGCCAGCCCCGGAGUCCCUCAAGCUGGAUCCUGCCACGGCCCACCCCCUCCUGGAGCUCUCCAAGGGCAACACGGUGGUGCAGUGUGGGCUCCUGGCCCAGCGGCGCGCCAGCCAGCCCGAGCGCUUCGACUACAGCACUUGUGUCCUGGCCAGCAGGGGCUUCUCCUGUGGCCGCCACUACUGGGAGGUGGUGGUGGGCAGCAAGAGCGACUGGCGCCUGGGGGUCAUCAAGGGCACAGCCAGUCGCAAGGGCAAGCUGAGCAAGUCCCCAGGGCAUGGCGUGUGGCUCAUCGGCCUGAAGGAGGGCCGGGUGUACGAGGCCUUCGGCUGCCCGCGGGCGCCCCUGCCCGUGGCUGGCCACCCUCACCGCAUCGGCGUCUACCUGCACUACGAGCAGGGGGAGCUCACCUUCUUCGACGCCGACCGCCCCGAUGACCUGCGGCCGCUCUACACCUUCCAGGCCGACUUCCAGGGCAAGCUCUACCCCAUCCUGGACACGUGCUGGCACGAAAGGGGCAGCAACUCCCUGCCCCUGGUGCUGCCCCCGCCCAGCGGGCCCAGCCACCUCACCCCCCCGCAGCCCACCAAGCUGUAGCGCAGCUCGUGGGGCUGCCUUCCCAGCUGGGCACGGGGCUCGAGGGGUCCCACCGGCUCCGGUGAG